AUGGUGUCGUAUACGGCCACUGAUAAUGGACCCUUCGUUAAGUUAGGUCAAAAUACAGUACCAGCUAUUCAUGAUGCCUCUCAAAUAGAGUCCAUCUUUAUUUUAUGUCACAAUAAAGCUCAUCAUGAACAAUGGGCACAAGCAUAUACAAAAGUAAAGGGUGUGUUUAAUAAAAUCGAUGCUUUGUGUCAAGCAGUAGAACAAUCUGUACAACGUCGUGAUCCCAGUCCAGCUAGAACUACAACAGUUCUACCGCUAUCACAAGCAAGUCCCCCUGGCAGAGCAUCUGCCAUUGAUGAUCAACGGCGACCAGUUAGUCAUCCAUCGGAAAAGGAAGAUAAAAAGUCCAUAAAAAGCACCACCGUAGUCGAUGAUCCACAUGUGAAGACUCGUCUGCUUGGAGAACGAACAUCUUCAUCCGUAGGAGCUUUCGAAGCAGACCGUAGCAGUGGUUUUUCUUUGGUUAAUUCCAUGAGACCAACAAUAAGUGGUACAUCAAAUUCAAAAGAACAGUUACUAUCGAACUUCGAACGACUUGAAACAACUCUAAUUACAACAGCUGAACAAGAACUACGAAAGAGUCUUUUGAACCAUAAUGAUAUUUAUCAAUCAGCAACACUUAACGUUGGUACAAUUGAUCGAUUGCAAGAUACUCUUGUACAAACAAUACAGAAGCAUGUCACUAAGAAAAAAGAUGAUUCGAAUGACCUGAACAAAUUGUUUGCCGAACUAAAACAAGUGCUAAUUGACACAGUUGCACAACAACAAUCCACAUUAUUACGAGAUGUCAUCAGACAAACAGUGUUGGAUGCUUUCAAUCAACAACAGAGUUUAACAGAGACGGCUCCUCUUCCUCCUUCUUCUUCUACUACUACCAGAGUGACACAUCAACGAAAACCUAUCAUUAUCACUACCAGUCGUGAAGUUAAAAUUGCUGCUGAUCUUAGGAGAACACGUAUUGAUGCUGCUUUUCGACAACAACGAGAUGCUGUCGUUGCUAAUAAACGAUUACGUGAUAUCGUUCAACAAUGGUCAUCGAUAGGAUCAAUGGCUGAUCUUGCUGUCGAGAUCAAAAAAUACGGGACAAACGAUUUAGAAUGUGCAUGGUUACUCUUCUGUUGGAUAGGUCAAAAUAUCCAAUAUCAACCAUAUUGUAAUAACAAUGCUGCUGAGACUGUUUUUCGUGCAAAGCAAGGUGUUUGUCGAGGCUUUGCUAGUCUCUAUCAUGAAUGCUGCUCACUAUUAGGUAUUGAAUGUUCUGAAAUAUCAGGUUAUGCUAAACAAGGUUUUCUUAAACCGGGUGAAGAACUCAAACAGUCGUCUCACGCUUGGAAUAGCAUUGUGCUCGAUCAGUACACUUAUCUAGUUGAUCCGACAUGGGGCGCAGGAGGCAGAGAUUAUGAAAAGAAACUUGAAGAUUUCUACUUUCUUACAUCACCUGAAGAAUUCAUCUAUACACACUAUGUCAACGGAUAUCAAUUGCUCGAGCCAGAAAUCAGUAAAGAAGAAUUUCUUAGUUUGCCCGUAAUGAAAUCAACCUACUAUCAACACGGUUUGAAAUUGCUAUCCCCAAAGCAAGGUUUAAAUGAGACAAAUCAAAAUCUAUUUAAAAUUGCAAUUCGAACACCGGCACAUGUUGAUCUAUUUGCUGAGUUAAAAGUUGGAGAUGUUGCAUAUCCACGUAGUUUGCAUACAUUAUGUCAACGAGAUGAAAAGAAACCCGAUGUUUACAAUUGCUACAUUGCUCCACCUCUCGAUGGCUUUUACGAAGUGGCUAUCUUUGCAAAAACGAAUAAUGAAACUAUGUAUACAGAUGCAAUCAAUAUGCGUUUGCGUGUGUCAAAUAUAGCUGACGCAUUCAUGUUUCCAAUCACAUAUGCAACUUUUACAGAACACAGCUGCAUUUUGAUCGAGCCUUUUCAACGUCUUGUAGAUGAAAAUGAACAAGUACUAAUUCAUAUGAUAAUACCCAAAGCUAAUGUGAUUAAAAUUCGAAACGGUGACGAAUACAUGGUGCCGCAUCCAGAUGAAUACAAGAAUGGUGUAUUGAAAAAAAAAAUACGGGUGCAGGGCGAUCUUCAAGUUUGCGGUCGAUGGGAUGAUAAAGCCGAUUCGAUUGCAAUUAUUUGUAUUUUUAACAUGAUUUGA